AUGGAGGCAAACGUAUCUUCACCACUCAACUUGACCUCUCUUCCGACGUCGGUCCCUCUCAAUACCACCGCUCACAUCAAUGCCACCGAAAAGCCCUUCAGUGUGUUUGAGGGGUGCGAACAGCAGGCAGAAGGCAUUCUCUUUGACUUGACCGUGCAGUCCAUCAACGUAAUCGUGGGAAUCCCGGCCAACUUACUUGUCAUCGUGAUCCUCAUCCACAAUCGCAAAACUCCCACAACCUCUGACAUGUUCUUGGGCUUCCUUGCUUUCAUGGAUACCUACUUUGGUACCAUGACCCCCCUCAGUUUCCUUAACUUUUACUACUGGCACAGCAAAGAGGUGUGGUCUGCACUUAAGUUUUCAUAUGGUGUGAAAGACACAAGCGGGCCACUGUUUCUCUCCUGCAUCUGCCUCGAUCGCUUUGUGGCAGUGCUCUUCCCAGUAAUGUUUGGGCAGUUCAAACACAUCAAGUACAGGAUAAGCCUUACAGUGCUAGUGUUAUGCCUCACCUUUACCUACUCUGCAGCCAAAACAGUGGGAGGCCUCCCGAACUUUGAGAAGGUGUUCACCGGUGAGAUCCUGGCAACAUUUUGUUGGAUGGUGUUGUGCAAUGUGUGCAUCCUGUGGGCCCUGAAGAAGUCCCGCGGGGCAGGGAAAGACGAGAUGCACCCCAUGAAGAAGAAGGCCUUCAAGAUGGUGCUGUCUCUCAAUUGUAUCAUUGUGUUUAACUACCUGCCACCUGUAGCGCUGUUUCCUUUUGAAGACCAUUACUCCCCUGACGUUUUUCGCUGCUAUGUGCAGCCUGUGGGCUUCGCUUUCCUCAACAUCAGCAGCACCAUCCAGCCGCUUGUUUAUCUAUCUCGACUGGACAAGGUGCCUUUCCUCUCAGACACCUGCCUUAAGAAGUGCUACAACGGUGACUCUGCAGAAGACAACAAAACCAAUCCUGCAGAAAACAUAUCUGCUUAA